AUGAACGCCGGUGCCAGUAGAUACGGGGGCUACAGCGACGCGCCACUGACGCGCGACUACGCAUCCGGCUCGGUACUGAAACACAGCCUGCGCCAGCUCAACUUCCACGGCAUGUGGCCGCUGCCCGGUUCCUGGCGUUUCCACGCCUUCAGCGCCACUGUGUUCGCACUUGGAGUCGGCAACUUCUCGCAGAUCGCGCUCGGCGUCUACUCCAGCUGGGGCGACCUGCAGGAGCUCACCAUGGCCUUCUCCAACACCUUCACCGUCUUCAGCGGCAUCCUGAAGAUGACGCACUUCCUGAGGAACCACCGCCGCUACUGCGCACUCGUCCGCCUCACGGACAACCUUGCCGCCUUGCAGCAGACACACUGCGAGGUUGACGACGGCAUGGCGGCCAUCUCCCGCGACUCGCUGAAAGUCGCUUAUCGCCUCCCGCUCGCCGUCUACGCCUAUAUCGCACUGCUGUGUGUCAUAUGGUUCCCCAUGCCGCUCAUCGUGGAGCCUCACAGUCAUAAACUGCCCUUCAUACAGCUUCAUUACUGGAUUAAUCGGACCAGUUUUCCUGUUUACGAAACUUCGUUUCUUUUGCAGGACAUUUCUUCCUUCUUCUUCAUCUUCAUCAGCACUGGCUUGGACUGUUUCUUCGCGGUCAUCAUGGUCCACGUCACACUUCAGCUGAAACUGCUAGUUUAUCGCAUUACUGAUAUUAGAUUACGUGACGCAUCCACGAUUGCUGACGUGUCUGAGGUUCGCCACGGCUACGAUGACAAUGAAGCGCACGAAGCAAUGUACAAAGAACUGUGUCUCUGCAUAGAGACCCACCAGAAAAUCUUAGGGUUUGUGAAGUACCUGGAGAGUGUCAUGAAUCCCAUUGCUCUUACACAGUUCGUAUUCAGUGUGUUGGCUGCUUGCGUGACACUGUUCCAAGAGACAUACGUGCUGGAAUCAUCAGCGACUGACUGUGUUCCUCCCUUGCCUGCUCGCCAGGGGGAGGCGGUGUGCGCAGCCGCCUACAACAGUUCAUGGUUCGACGUAAACGCUCGCUUCAAGCGCAGCAUGAGGAUCCUGAUGUGCCGCGCCCAGAAGCCACUGUUGCUCACGGCGGGACGCAUGUACCCCAUCAGCAGGGCUACAUUUGUAUGGCUGGUGAACGCCUCGUACAAGUACUACGCACUGCUGCGGCAGCUCCACAGCCGGGACAGCCAGAGGAGCUAG